AUGCGACUAAGUCUAGUGUGCUGGAACUUUCACUCGUUUGUCAAGUCACUCAACAACAAAGUGUCAGACCUGGCCCUGUUUGCACACGCCCGAAAGUCUGCUGACCAACAACGAUACUCGAUCAUCUCUGACCGUAUCAAGACUCUCAGCUUUGACUACCUGAACAGCAGCGGUUGGCUUGCUAAGAAUGAGAGUCCGUCGACAAUGGAGUCAUUGCGCCAGCUCCUGUCGACGCUGACCACAGUGGCUGGAUCAUUGGAGGAGAUUCACCAACUGAAAAAACACUUUGGAGUUGGGAAGACAGUGACCAGCAUCACCUCUGAGAGAUCCACCCGCAUAACAUGGAGGGGCCAUGGUGUGGCGAGCAUUGGCACCGAGCACUUUCCAGCACUCCAAUCUCUGACAUUCCUUCCUCCCAGAAACGAAGACCUGGACCAGCUUGACCUCUACCAACAGGUGAUGUCAAGUCAGUUCUCAACAAUCACAUCACUUCAACUACGCUUCAUUCCACCAACGGCAGUUGGCGCAUUCGACACGCUCAAUCAGUUGGUCAACCUUAAGAAGUUGAGGAUCGAGCGAUGGUGGGAUUGUUUCUCGCCGAAUCUCACGUACCUUGGCCGUCCGUCAACACAGCUCCGAUCACUCUUCAUUGAGUUCUUCAACGAGAAUAAUCACGAGCCAUCGGUCAGCCCAGCAGCCUUGUCACUGUUGGAGUUCCUCUUCACCAACAAAUCAUGCACAGUGACCAAACUUGGUGAGAUUGACCAGUGCACACUGCUCGCCCUGCGCAGACUGCUCAAGUCACUGCGUCUCAGAGACGCGUUGCCGUCAUGGAAGCAAGAACAGCCACAACUCACAGCUCGCUUGACAUCGUUCCAAGACAAUCUUAUGAUACUCAAGGGCAACGUGGAGCUGACUCUUUGGCUUCAUUGUGGAGACAAGCUCGGUGAUGAUCAUUUCGAUGAGUUCCUUCAAGCUAUGAAGCAGAGUUACAUCAAAUACUUCGUCUUCCAGGCAUGGCUAGGCCAUUGGCAGACGACUCUCAAAUCUCAGCGUUGGCCAGUGUCAUCAACAGCCAUCAUUCCAUCCUCAACAAGACCGUGUUUCCACUUUAUUGACCAAAGCACACCAAUUCCACACAGUCAGGCGGACUGGACACUGGAUAACGAGGAUAAUAAAGAAGCAUGUACGAUAUCAUUUGGCGAUUACUUUGGCACUCGCCUAAGAAUACUUAAACACUUACCAACGUAG